UACACUCUAAACAUACGUGUCAAACUCAGAAGACGGUGAAGAACAACAGACGGGAGCAACAGUCGAAAGUGGAUUUGUUGAACAGGCCUUUUUCUUCCGCGGAAGUAAUCUUCGUCACAAGCUAAAAUCGGACUCUUUCUUGCUUCAUUUCUACUUGGGUGAACUUGCCCUGAAGGAAUACCAAGAUGAAUGUGUUUGACCGCAGCAUCAACUUUGAUGCCCUUUUUAAACUCUCUCAAAUCUCUCGCUCUACACAGCAGCACCUGAAGAAUGUCUACUCCUGCCUGGCCAUGUGUAUGUUUGUGGCGUCAGCUGGAGCCUACGUGCAUGUCGUCACCAGGUUCUUCCAGGCCGGCAUCCUGUCCAUGCUGGGUUCGCUGGCUUUGAUUGGCUGGCUGGCCAUAACUCCGCACACUCCGCAGACAGAGCAGAAAAGACUGGCCAUCCUGGCCGGCUUCGCCUUCUUCACAGGAAUUGGUCUGGGUCCUGCUAUGGAUUAUGUUCUCACCGUUAACCCAAGCAUCAUUGUAACCGCCUUCCUGGGCACCUCCAUCAUCUUCGUCUGCUUCACCCUGAGUGCCCUCUAUGCUCAGCGCAGGAGCUACCUGUUCCUGGGAGGCUCUCUGAUGUCUGGCCUGUCUAUUCUUCUGUUGGUAUCUUUCCUCAACAUGUUCGUCGGCUCUGUUAUGCUUUUCAAGGCCCAUGUGUACCUUGGUCUGGCCAUCAUGUGUGGAUUUGUGCUUUUCGACACUCAACUCAUCAUCGAGAAAGCUGAGAUGGGAGACAAGGAUUACAUCUGGCACUGCGUGGAUCUGUUCCUGGACUUUGUGACCAUCUUCAGGAAGCUCUUGGUCAUUCUGGCAAUGAAUGAGAAGGAAAAGAAGAAAGAGAAGAAGUAGAGAGCACUGGAAUUAGGGCCAAUAAAGACACACCUGUGAGCUGAGAUGGCAUCAGAGAACACUGCUGGUGCAAUCACUUGACUGCUUUAUCAAAAAUGUCAUUCUUCUGAAUUACUUAAAUAUAGUGUCUUAAUUUUCUUCAUUGAUAGGAUUUGGGUUUUGGCUUUGGACUAAGGUUGGUAACUUUGAGACUAGAUGUAAUGGUGUGUAAAGGUCCCUGUGCUGUAGCAUUUUGAAGUUGUUUUUGAAGGGAUGGUGUAAAUGAUGAUGUGAACUAAAGCAACAUUAAUUGGGUAGUUUUAUUAUUAUUAUUAUUAUUAUUUCCCCCAUAGUAGGAGUUGGAUUUUAUGACACUUCAGAGGGGAGAGAGGAACAGAGCAGUUUUGCUUUUGAAUCUAAAUGAUCCUGAUCUGAGUAGGAUGUUGAUGCCUGAGAUAUGAAAAGAAAUAAAAACCAACACCUUAAUCAAUUAGCAUAGUUAGAGGCUUCAAUUUCUUGUUUGCCACUGUAUAUAACAUGAAUGACACAUUUGACAGCAAUUUGGUGACCAUCCAACCUUACCAAUCCAACUAUUAAAUAUUCUCAGCAGUCUCGUCUUACAAUUAGCUUAACAUAAAUGUCUCAAACAGUGAAUUCUGAUAUAUAAUGAAGGACAUUAACCCUUUGUUGCCAUGUGUUGUUAAUAGCAUUAUUAAUAUAUGUAACCUACUUAUAAGACAACCAACUUUUUUUCAGCUAUAAAUAUAUAUUUUUACAGAUCAGUCCAUAACCAAUAGAAUUUGCAGGCUGAUUAAGAAUCUGUACAUUUUACAGAUAUGCCACCAUUAUCACACUCAUGAUUUAAUUAUGGAAGAGACAUUCUAUUUAUUUGAUGAAGAGUAGUUCUCUCUUGUUGGGCUACACCUGCCCCCUUUAGAAUCACUGAGCACUGCCUGAGUGUUCCGAGUCCAUAAUCCUCUACAGUGCAUUUGGGUCAAAGUUCAAACCACGACUAACCCCAACCAUACCAACAAUUGGUUAAGACUGUAUGUUUUUACUUGUAAUUGAAAGCACAUAGGAUCUUCAGAUGCGCCAAAUCUAUUAAAAUGUCAGUAAUUCUUUAUUAUUUGUUGAAAUUUUCUGGACUUUCUUAUGUCUGUGGUUAUUGUAAAGAUUUCCAUUGGUAUAGUCCACAAUGCUGAGAAAGUGAUGUAUAUGAAAUGAUUCGUCUUUUUGAAAAGUGUAAUGUGUUUUUUUUUGUUUUUAUUUCUUCAGAUGUCUAUUUUGCUGUGCUUCUCUAUCUUAUUCAGAAAUUCAUUUCUACUGAUUUGGAUGGUGUGGAAAGAAAAAUGAACAUAAGUGAAUUUUGCAGUAGUGCAUACAUUUUGUAUUCUGGCUAUAUGAAAAAUAUUAUGAUUCGUCUUUUUCCAGCCUAAAAUGUCAUGCACUUUUGAUCUCAGUGGGAAAGAUAUUGCAAAGGUCUGCCAAAAUCAUGCUGUCAAAUAUCUUUAUUUUUCUUUCUGAUUUGCACCAUAACUCUGAUGGAUUUUUGCCCCCUUUGGAAACAGUUCUGUUGGCAUGUCUUGUGACAUUUUCCCCAUCAAGAUUGGUCAAUCAAUCUCAUUGCUGUUACGCUGUAAAUGUGACUAAUUAUGUGACGUGGUAUAGUGGGUUUGAGAUUUGUGCAACCACCACUUCGUCACUGUAUAUAGGAACUGGUCACCACAGCGGUUUCCUUUUUUCGGGUUGUAAAGUAGACCUACGAAUAGUUUUUGAUACCAACCCAACUUAGCCCUGUUUCACAAACCAGUAGAAAUCAGUCAUCGUCUCAGUCAGAAGGCUUUGUUUUCUUAGAAAGUGCCAAUUACAACACAAGUUUACCAAACCAUCAGCAAAUUACUAAUUAACUGUAGAAUCAACUUUCACAGAACAAUGCAUAUCUUAUACUGUGAAGAUAAUCCUUAUUAUUUUUUUGAUUUUAUUUGCUUUUCCAAGGGUUGCUGUUGUAAUUCAGCUAAGUUAAUGUAAGAAUUAAAAUUUGUUAAAAUAAACUUUGAUUACAUGAAA